GGCGACGGAGAGGAUGGCAUGGUCUGUAUCCGGUUCGGCAUGGUCACCAUGGACACGGACGUAGACGAGCUGUGCAGCUUGCUGCUGGACCUCGGAGGGCAGAUCGAGGAGUCCUCGCGCUUCCUCGAGACCAUGUCCGAGAUGCUCAUGAAAGGCAUCGAGGAGGCCAACCAGGACCUGCGCAAGGAGUCCGAGGACCAGCUGUGGCAGGAGGGCGUGCUGCGACACGUGCCGCUGGUGGGCACCAUCGUCAACUGGUGGUCGCCAUCGCCCAAGCCGGCCGUCCGAGGCCGCCGACUCGACCUGGCCGAAGGGGAGGGGAGAGAUCGACGGGUCGACCUGGCGAAGCUUACGUAA